AUGUCUUACGCGGUUAUUGCCUACGGUUGUGCCAGCUGCCCCAAGCUGACCUGCGAGAGGGACGGGUGCCAGACAGAGUUCUGCUAUCACUGCAAACAGAUAUGGCAUCCCAACCAAACCUGCGACAUGGCCCGCCAGCAACGGGCACAGACGCUGCGAGUACGGACCAAGCACACGUCAGGCCUCAGUUAUGGACAGGAAUCCGGGCCGGCUGAUGACAUCAAGCCGUGUCCCCGGUGCAGCGCUUACAUUAUCAAGAUGAACGACGGGAGCUGUAACCACAUGACGUGCGCGGUGUGUGGCUGCGAGUUCUGCUGGCUCUGUAUGAAGGAGAUCUCAGAUCUGCAUUACCUCAGCCCCUCUGGCUGUACAUUCUGGGGCAAAAAGCCAUGGAGUCGUAAAAAGAAGAUUCUCUGGCAGCUGGGCACAUUGAUCGGUGCUCCUGUAGGCAUUUCCCUCAUUGCUGGCAUUGCCAUUCCUGCUAUGGUCAUUGGCAUCCCCGUGUAUGUCGGGAGGAAGAUCCACAGCAGGUACGAGGGAAAGAAAACCUCGAAGCACAAGAGGAACUUGGCCAUUACUGGUGGGGUCACCUUGUCUGUCAUUGCCUCUCCAGUCAUUGCUGCUGUCAGUGUUGGUAUUGGAGUCCCCAUCAUGCUGGCUUACGUCUACGGUGUCGUGCCGAUCUCGCUGUGCCGAGGCGGUGGCUGUGGAGUUAGCACCGCCAACGGAAAGGGUGUGAAAAUCGAGUUUGAUGAAGAUGAUGGACCGAUCACAGUGGCUGAUGCCUGGCGAGCCCUGAAGAACCCCAGCAUUGGUGAAAGCAGCAUUGAGGGGCUGACCAGCGUGUUGAGCACCAGCGGCAGCCCCACUGAUGGGCUCAGCGUCAUGCAGGGCAACUACAGCGAGACAGCCAGCUUCGCUGCCCUCUCGGGUGGUACCCUGAGCGGGGGUGUCCUCUUGGGAGGCAAAGGGAAAUACAGCAGGCUGGAAGUUCAGGCAGAUGUCCAGAAGGAGAUUUUCCCCAAAGACUCAGUCAGCUUGGGGGCUAUCAGUGACAAUGCCAGCACUCGAGCCAUGGCUGGUUCCAUCAUCAGCUCCUACAACCCCCAGGACAGGGAGUGCAAUAACAUGGAGAUCCAGGUGGACAUCGAAGCCAAACCAAGUCACUACCAGCUGGCCAGUGGCAGCAGCACAGAGGACUCUCUGCAUGUCCACACCCAAAUGGCAGAGAAUGAGGAAGAGGAGGAGGAGGAGGAAGAGGAUGGUGAGCAGGAGCAGACGUGCAAACACCAAAGCUGUGAGCAAAAGGACUGCAUUGCCAGCAAAACCUGGGACAUCACCUUGGCCCAACCUGAGAGCAUACGGAGUGACCUGGAGAGCUCUGACAGUCAGUCAGACGACGUGCCAGACAUUACCUCGGAUGAAUGCGACUCCCCCGACUCUCAGACUGCAGCAGCCUGCCCACAGACCCCCAAAACUCGAGGUGCCGAGAGCCCAAGUGCCCACCUGAGCCACUGUGCCCAAGUCGAGGGCUGUAGGCUGGAUGAAAUAGUCAAACUGGAGUGUAUCGAAGCCAGAGUAUGAAGUGACCUCCUG